CUUAAGUUUUUGUUCAACAUGUCUGUUGAAUUGUUUAAAACAAUCCCAAUGUUAGUAACACUAAAUUUACUGGCUACGUGUAUAUUUGGUUGCUGUGGUGCUGUUAUUGUUUUUGAGGAUGUACCAUCAGGUGGCGAAAUUAGGCUUGGUAAGGAUCACUCACUGUCGUGUGUUGUUAGUGGAAUAAGAUACGAAAGUCUGACUUGGUUUAAAGAUGGUACUCAAAUACAAAUAGAAGAUGUAGACGAAAAAAGAAUUUCCAUAGCAAAAAGCGAACUAUCUAUCGGAAAUUUAUCUACAUUGGUUAUAAACAAUGUAAUGCAAAAUGAUGCUGGGCUAUAUCAAUGCGUCGUUAUAACACCGAUGUCUGAGUCGGUGUUGAGUAGUUCUCCUGAAGCUGAAUUGAUUAUUCUUUCGCUACCCGCACCAGAAUAUCCACUUUGUUCUGAGCCUGAUAAUGCUAUUAUUGCAGGAUCAACGGUAGAAUUAACAUGUGUUUCUGAAAGGGUGUAUCCCCAAGUGAGUUUACAAUUUACUCGCAACUCUGAGCCCGUGAAUACAAGAAAAAUGUUAACAGAAACAGGUAACCUGGUAACACUUCCUUUUACAUUAAAAACCAGCAAAGAUAACAAUGGUGACAUUUAUGAAUGCCACCAAUAUUCAUCUCUGGAUUCAAAUUAUCAAAAGUUAUGUACGAUGAAACCUUUAAACAUACAAUACAAACCUGAGAUAAAAAUACAGCAUACUAAUCCAGUGCUACCUGGACGAGAGACAAUUCUCUUUUGUCAGACAUUUGCUAACCCGCCUGUUUCAUAUUAUCAGUGGACAUCAGUACCUCAAUUAAGAGCAGAAAAUAUCAUCGUUGAUAGAACUGGACAAGUACUAAAGUUAUUACGACCUUCAUUAUCACAUAGUGGAACAAAUAUAACAUGUAUUGCUACAAAUGAAAUUGGAAAAGUAUCGUCAUCUAUAGAACUACAAGUUUCUCACUCUAUAGGUAAUUCAGAAACUAAUAACAAUCCACACGAAUCAACAAGUAAUCAAAAAUCAGAAACGUCAGCAAAAAAUAUUGGUUUAUCAUUUGACGUUAUAAUCAUUAUCGUUGCUGGAGUUGUUAUUAUUGUUAUACUUGUUGUUCUGGUUCCCGUCUACCAUUACUGUUUGUGUCGUAACAAUACUACGACCGUUAAUGCGUCAGGAGAAGAAUUAACUCAACCAGAAGUGUAUUAUGAAUCUAAAGAUGGAGUAAUUUUAAGGCAUACGAUACAAGAUCGUUCAUUGCCUCGUGUACCUACCACAGAAGUGUAUGGUCAUUGGAGACAUUCAACGGCUUCACAAGUUCCCAAUGAUCUUGAAUCCCAUAGUUAUACAUAUAUUGAUACUGAGAAUGAUUAAAUUUUUUAUAAUGAGAUGCUUGUACUUUUUAUA